UUUUGAUAAAACCAAAAUAGAGUCUCGGAUAAACCUGCCAACUGUAUUUUUCCCAAAAAAAAAAAAAAAUCUUUCAGAGAUCAUUUUAAUUGGACCCGACGCAUGUUAUUUUACUGUUGACUUACAUGAGGAAUUCACCAAAAAAAUAAAGACUCUCACAGAAAAAUUACAAUUUGCACUUCUGCUUCCUUUCUCUUCCUCGCUCUCGCUGCUCUGCUUUGACUGCUGGUACUGGUCGGCGAGCCACUGGCCGUGGUACUUCCAGGGUUGUUGGGAGAAGAAAGAGAUAUACAACUUUAGUUUCAAGGCAUUAUUGAUCAUAAUUAACCAAAUUCCGAACAUGAUCUCUGAAACAUGUUCAAAUUCAUCAUUUUCAUCACCAUGGGAAUAUGAUGUGUUCCUGAGUUUCAAGGAGGAGGAUACAGGCAAAAGCUUUACGGACCAUUUGUACAAUGCUUUGAGACAGAAAGGAAUCUUUACAUUCAGGGAUGAUGAUCAAAAGCUUGGUUCUUUAGUACCCUCCAAAGCAAUUGAAGAAUCGAGAUUCGCAAUCGUUGUUUUCUCGGAAAAUUAUGCAUCUUCGACUCGGUGCUUGGACGUACUUGUCAAGAUUGUCGAAUGCAAGAAGGAUCUGCGACUGGAGGCUGUUUUUCUAGUUUUGUAUCAUAUGGAUCCAACCCAGCUGAUUGAUGAGUCUGGAAAGGCUAGCUUUGCUGAACGUCUACAAAUUUUCAAAGACAAUGUGGAGAAAGCGAAGAAAUGGGAGGCGGCUUUAACGGAAGUGAUCAAUCUCUCUCGCUUUCGUUGGGAUUUGAAAGACAGGCGUGAGUCAGAUUUCGUUCAGGAAAUUGUUAAAGAUGUUUACGAAAAAUUGUGUCCAGCAAUCCCAAGUGGUAACACCGACUUUUUAGUUGGAAUGGCUUGUCGUAUGGAGAAAAUGGAUUCGUUGUUAGAUAUAGGGUUGGAUGAUGUUCGCACGGUCGGGAUAUGGGGUAUGGGAGGUAUUGGUAAGACGACUAUAGCCCAUGAAGUCUUUGAUAGGAUCAAAGAUAAAUUUCAAGCUAGCGCUUUCAUCGACAUAAAAGAGGAAUUUUUAGGAAAUAGUACAGUGCAAUUACAAAAGCAUGUUCACCAAAUUUUAUGGAACAACAUUGAAGAUGAUACGUGGGAGGAUAUUGAUUAUGCAAGAAUGAACCUAUUAAGGAACAAAAUGCGUUCCAGAAGGGUGCUUAUCGUUUUAGAUGAUGUUGAUAAGUUGGAUCAUAUCGAAUCUUUAGUGGGAAGUUGGAAAGAGCAGCAUGAUUGGUUAGGUCCAGGGAGUAGAGUUAUUGUAACAACUAGAAAUAAGCACUUGUUGCGGAGCUAUGGAGAGAAAUACAUAUACCAAGUUGAUAAACUAACCGAUGAUGAAGCUCUUCAACUCUUAGGGCACGAAGCAUACCAGAAAAACCGUAAUUUAAAUGAGUUUAAAGUGUUAUACAACAAAGUGGUAGAAUAUGCUGAUGGGCAGCCUCUUGCUCUUAAACGUUUGGGAUCAUUCUUAGUUAGAGAAAAUGUUGAUGAAUGGUCAGAAGCAUUAGUUAAAUUAAAGGAAAAUCCUAUUGAUGAUCUUUUUGAUACAUUUAAAGUAAGUUUUGAUGGAUUAGAUAAUGAGGAUAAGAAAAUAUUUUUGGACAUGGCUUGUUUCUUCAAUGGAAAGGAUAGACAUUAUGUGGAAGAAAUAUUACAAAGUCAGGGAUUUCACCCUAAGAUAGGUAUACAGGUGCUCAUUGAGAGAUCUCUAAUCACUGUGGUAGAAAAUAAGCUAUGGAUGCCUAAUUUACUACAGGAAUUUGGUCGGGAUAUUGUUGCUCAAAGAGCCAAGCACACUAAGUAGGCUGUGGUCAGCAUAGGAAAUUUUAGCUUGAAGCGGUUUAAAUUUUAGUUGUACUUAGUCAUUUGAGCUUUAAGUUAUUAUUGUUGGUAUUGUAUGCUCUUGAGUCUUGAAGUCAUUCAUAAAUAACACUUUAUGGAAUAAAGUUUUAUUUCAUGAAUUUUAUUACA